GUUCACGCUUUUUCUUGAUCAUGCUCGGAUCCACCAUUGCACGCCGUGCAUUGACGACCUCGGCGCAGUCCGUCCGCCUCGCCGCUGCCACUGCCGCGUCGAAUGCUGGAUCAGCUCCUCGUGUGCGGAACUUGCCGUCGCACGUCAAGAUUGUCGAGGUCGGACCGCGCGAUGGCCUGCAGAACGAGAAGCAGCUCGUCCCGACUGCAGCCAAGGUUAACCUCAUCAACCAGCUCAGCCACUCGGGCCUCAAGGUCGUCGAGACAACAAGCUUUGUCUCCCCAAAGUGGAUCCCGCAGAUGGCAGAUCACGCUGAAGUUAUGGCCUCGAUCGAGCGCGUUCCUGGCGUGUCGUACCCGGUGCUCACGCCAAACAUUCAAGGAUUUGAGGCCGCGCUUGCAGCGGGUGCCAAGGAGGUUGCCAUCUUUGGCGCUGCGUCCGAGGCGUUCAGCAAGAAGAACAUUAACGCGACCAUUGACGAAUCCCUGAAAAAGUUUCAGGUCGUUGUCGACGCUGCCAAAAAGCACGAUAUUGCCGUUCGUGGCUACGUCUCGUGCGUGAUUGGGUGCCCCUUCGACGGUGCGAUUGACCCCGCGGUUGUGGCACGCGUUGCAAAGAAGCUGGCGGAUAUGGGCUGCUACGAGAUUUCUCUCGGCGAUACAAUCGGCGUCGGCACGCCUGGUGAGUGA